CUCCGGGAACCUGGUCAGUGGGCGGGCAGACGGGAGCCAUCAAGAUGGCGGCGCAGGCUGUAUCGCUCCUGAGGGAGGUGGCGCGGCUGGAGGCGCCGCUGGAGGAACUGCGUGCGCUGCAGUCGGUGGUGCAAGCUGUGCCGCUCCACGAGCUUCGCGAGCAGGCGGCGGAGUUACGCCUUGGCCCUCUGUUCUCCUUGCUUAACCAGAACAGUCGGGAACAGACUGCUUUGUGUGUGUCCAUUCUGGAGAGAUUGCUCCAAGCUGUGGAGCCAAUUCACUUGGCCAGGAACCUCAGGGUUGACCUACAGAGGGGACUGACUCACCCUGAUGACUCUGUAAAAGCCCUCACUCUGUCCCAGAUUGGAAGAAUUGUUGAGAAUUCUGAAGCCGUUACUGAGAUUCUGAGUAACGCUGACCUAUUGAAACAGAUUGUUUAUUGCAUUGGUGGAGAGAAUUUGUCUGUUGCUAAAGCGGCUAUUAAGUCAUUGUCAAGAGUGUCACUAACCCAGGCUGGACUGGAAGCUUUAUUUGAAAGUAAUUUGCUGGAUGAUUUGAAAAAUGUGAUGAAAACAAAUGAUGUCGUUCGAUACAGGGUAUAUGAGCUAGUUGUAGAGAUUGCUUCUGUGUCGUCAGAAUCUUUAAACUACUGUACCACAAGUGGAUUGGUGACACAGCUUCUAAAAGAGCUGACGGGUGAGGACGUGCUGGUCAGAGCCACCUGUAUAGAAAUGGUGACAUCGCUAGCAUGUACCCACCAUGGACGACAAUACCUUGCUCAAGAGGGAGUCGUUGACCAGAUCUCUAAUAUAAUUGUUGGGGCAGAGUCAGACCCUUUCUCUGGCUUCUACCUGCCAGGAUUUGUGAAAUUUUUCGGAAACCUGGCUGUCAUGGAUAGUCCUCAGCAGAUCUGUGAACGCUACCCUGUUUUCUUGGAGAAAGUGUUUGAAAUGGCAGACAGUCAAGACCCCACCAUGAUUGGCGUAGCUGUAGACACAGUUGGAAUCCUGGGAUCCAAUGUAGAAGGAAAACAGGUUUUACAGAAGACAGGAACCCGCUUUGAACACCUCCUCAUGAGAAUAGGCUAUCAAGCCAAGAACGCCUCCACAGAGCUGAAGAUAAGGUGCUUGGAUGCAGUCUCCUCUCUUCUGUACUUAUCCCCUGAGCAGCAAACUGAUGAUUUCCUGAGGAUGACGGAGUCCUGGUUUUCCUCUGUGUCUCGAGACUCCCUAGAGCUCUUCCGUGGCAUCAGUAACCAGCCCUUCCCUGAACUACACUGUGCUGCCUUGAAAGUAUUCACAGCUAUUGCAAACCAGCCCUGGGCUCAGAACCUUAUGUUUAACAGCCCAGGUUUUGUGGAAUUUGUGGUGGACCGGUCUGUGGAGCAUGACAAAGCCUCAAAGGACGCUAAGUAUGAGCUGGUAAAAGCACUUGCCAAUUCCAGAACAGUUGCAGCGAUCUUCGGGAACUCCAAUUAUUUGAGGCUCAGAACUUACCUAAGUGAAGGCCCGUACUAUGUGAAACCUGUUGCCACGACAGCCAUAGAAGGAGCUGACUGAUUUCUCUCCAGCCUGAGACAGGGGACCAUGUUUAACCAGAAUUGCUGAAGGCAUGUGAUUCCAUCUGUGUUUUAGAAAGCAGGGACUUCCUCUUCGCAGAGCUAUCAUGCAGUGUCUAGUCCGUCAGCAGUGUCGUUCCAAUGUAAGGGCAGUGUGGACCAGGCCCUCAGCCUGCAGUAGAGCAGCAGCCU